AGCUGAUGCCAAACGGUGCAGAACGAAGGAACGAGAUAUCCUACAGACUGUUCACUCUUAAAAGCUAAAGGUGCUUAACAGCGAUGCCUAAAAGAUCCAUUUUUGGUUCCUCAAGAGUCAUUUAGUCAACAGUUCUUUAAAAGAACCAUUUCUUUCUUACCUUUUAAUAAAUCUGAACUGAGCUAAAUGUUCUGGCAUCGUGAGGCAUCCUAAUUUUUAUGAGAGUGUACAGCAGCAUAUAAAGCUUAAAAAGACAGGGUGGACAGAACUGGACAUGACUUGGCAGCGUUAAGCAGAGAGAGAGAUUUGCAGUAUAAGCUUUAUCAUUCAGCUACGCCACAGCUGUUAGAUUUGUCAUGCACGCUGAGAGAGAGAGGAGUUGAAAACGUAAUCGAUCAUGCUGGUAAAAGUCAUGACAUGUGUCAAAGCCUUCAUCCACAAGUACACUAAACAGGGCAGAGGGACAGAUAACACAGCAGCUUGGCCGGUAAAUAUCUCAUACGGUUUGGAAACAAAGAGCUUAUUGCACACAAUGUGCCAAUAGAAAUGAACCCUAUAACAUCCAAGGGGCGUUGAUGACAACAUGAAGCAGGUAGAAGAGAGAUCAUGACGCCCUUAUAAACCAACAGAGACGAAGGCAACCUCAAUCGUGUGGUUUAUGACUGGUUAACCUGAUGUGUUUGGUUGACCUGCAGCUUUAAGGGACCAGAACUGAUUGAUAGGAAUCUGCACCUGAAUAUUUUCUUUACAGCAUUCAGCAACAAAAAAUAUGACGACACAUACAAGACUCUUGGAUGAGUUGUGUCACCUCACAGCUCAGUCACUGGCAUCACUGGAGACCUCAGAUCAUUUCCAGAUCAUUAAACUUCUAGGAGAAGGCUCAUACGGCAAAGUCAUGCUAGCUAUGCACAAGAAGAGAGGAACUCCAAUGGCUCUUAAAUUCUUUCAACGAGACUCCACGUGUCUCCUGUCAUUUCUGAGGGAAUACAAUCUCUCUUUGGCCUUUUGCACGCACCCGUCUUUAACUUCGGCUCUUGGUAUCGCGUUCUCCACUCCUACCCACUACGUGUUUGCACAACAGCCUUGCAUCUAUGGUGACCUCUAUGAUGUCAUUAUUCCUGAGGUCGGUAUGGAGGAGAACCGUGUUCAGCAAGUGGCAUCGCAGAUCAGCGGUGCCCUCACUCAUCUCCACUCGUUGGGUUUCGUCCACCGUGAUGUCAAACCCGAGAACAUCUUCCUAUGUGACCGUGACUGCCGCUGGGUCAAGCUUGGUGAUUUCGGCAUGGCGAAGGCUGUGGGCACCAGGGUACAGUGCAUAUGGUACAGCUCCCCAUACUGCACACCAGAGUCUAAAAUAGCAAGAGUGACGAAGAAGAUCGACUCUGGAUGCUUUGAAGUGAACAACAAUGGGAACAAGGAAAAGGUGCAUGGUGAAAAACCUGAAAAGAUGUACUGUACUGUAGAUCCCAGUACAGACAGCUGGGCUUUGGGCAUUCUGGUCUAUGCCAUGUUGACGGGAAACCAUCCAUGGUCCGAGACUGUAUCAGACAAUGUGGCAUACAAAAGGUAUUUACAGUGGAGGAAAUGGGGCAUUUCGGUAUCAGAGAAGAUUUGGUCACACCAGGAACCUUCACGCUUUAUGAAAUUCACCCCUCUUGCAGCCAGUCUUUUCAGAUCUCUGCUUCAUCCCCAACCCAAGUGCCGUGGCAGACCGGAAGAAAUGGGAGAGUUCCUUGGAGGAGCUUGGCUGAUGGAUCAAAAGAAAGUCUAGUUGAGAUCGGACCUUGUCAUCUGGUCUUUCACUUUUUGUGUCAGGACAGUACGGUUUUAAUGGUAACCCUGAUAGUAAAUUAUUCUGUAUAGGUAGUCGUGGCCUAAUGAUUCAAGAGUCAGGCUUAUAACCUAAAGGUCGCCGGUUUGAGUCUCACAAUCGGCAGGUUGAAAUUGAUGUGCCCCUGAGCAAAGCACCUUAGCCCCAAUUGCUCCCUGGGUGCUGCAAUGAUAGUUGCCCACUGCUCCAAGUGUGUGUGUGUUCACUUCUCACUGGAAUGGGUUAAAUGCAGGUCACAUUUUAAGUAUGGAAAUACUUGACAAUCACAUCACUUGGUGAUGGUUAUACUUCACCUAAAGGUACAUUCACAUUAUAAGCGAUUUUGUUGCUGUUUGUCACUUGUCUCUUUCAACAAGGUCGUUAGGGGGCGUUUCUAAAUCUGGUUGUCAUAAACAAAUAAGUAACGUCCACUCCAGUAAUUGACGCUCUCAUUGGUAGUCGCUCCAGAAAGUCGCUCAUGAUUUGCAUACAGUUAAACUUUUCUCAACUGUCGCGUGACUGGACACGGCCAUCCGGUCACCAAUGGUCACUGUCACUCGUGCCGUGGAAAGUCACCAAACUUCCAUUGAAAUCAAUGAGAUUGCGCCGCUCUGCUACUGCUAGUCGCUGCUAAUGUGAAUGAGGCUUAACUUGUAUUUCUUCACUGAGUGUUUUGUCAUCUACAGACUACUGUAGCUUUCAGCUAUAGUAACUUUACUUUUUGCAAAUAGAAGAAAACCCAAUCAAAACGAAGGAAUGCUCAAAAAUAGCUGGUAUAUAGGGGUAUAAAAGUUUUUUUGGGGGGGGUUUGAAAAACCUGUGCCACUACCAUUGCUGCUCUCCAAAGUAAUGCGGUUACUAUGGAACAAUUGGUAGGGAUACUGGCAUUUUUAAAGAUUUGUAGCAAGCUUAUUAGCAUAUGCAUUCAGAAGUAUAAAUAUACAGCAGGAAAAUAAGUAUAAGACACAUCAGCAUUUUUAUUAGUAAGGGGAUUUCUAAGGGGGCUAUUCAAAAAAUUUCCACCAGAUGUAGACAUCAAGCCAAAUAUUGAAUUCAUACAAAGAAAUCAGAACAUUUAAGUAUACAAGUUGAGUCAUAAUAAAUAAAGUAAAUGACAUAGAGAAAAAGCAUUGAACACACUUUAUUUAAUACUUUGUAGAAAAGCCUUUGUUGGUAAUUAUAGCUUCUAGACGUCUCUUGUAUGGAGAGACCAGUCGUCUGCAUUGCUCAGGAGUGAUUCUGGCCAAUUCUUCCACACAAAUGGUCUUACAUCUUGAGGUUCCUCAGUUCUCUCCAUAUUUUCUAUGGGAUUUAGGUCAGGUGACUGACCACUUCAUUGUUUUCUUGGCCUUGUGUUUGGGAUCAUUGUCUUGCUGAAAUGUCCACCAUCUUUUCAUUUUCAGCUUUCUGGUAGGUGGCAGCAGAUUUUUUUAUCCAGAAUGUCCUGGUACAUUUCUCCAUUUAUCCUGCCUUCAAUAAUAUGAAGUAUUAUUCCCAGUACCCCUUGCUGAAAAGCAGCCCCAAACCAUGUUGCUUCCACCCCCAAAACUUAACGGUUAGCAUGGUGUUCUUGGGGUGGUGGGCAGUGCCAUUUCUUCUCCAAACAUGGUGUGAAGAAUGACUGCCAAAAUAUUCAAUUUUGCUUUCAUCUGACCAUACUAUAGUCUCCCAAUAAUCCACAGGCUUCUCCAAAUGCUCUUUCGCAAACUUUAACCGAGCCUCAACGUGCUUUUUGUUCAGCAAAAAAGUUUUGCAUGGUGAGCGUGCAUGGAUGUUAUGGCGGUUCAGUGCAUUGUUUAUAGUUUUCUUUGAAACAACAGUACCUUCUGAUGCAAGGUCUUCCUGAAGUUCUCAUGUGGUUCUAGGCUCUCCUGAUUAUUCUUUGGACUCCUUGGACAGGGAUCUUACGUGGAGCAGGUUUAUGGUGAAGUGAUGCGCUUUCCAUUUCCAGCCCUCACAGUGCUCACAAGAGCAUUCAGCAUUCUGGAAAUGCGCCUAUAACCAUUCCCCCAUCUAAAUGAUUUUUAACGAUAAGAUCUUGAGAGAGUUCUUUGCUUUUACCCAUCAUGAAGUCUUUCCUGUGUGCAUCCUGGGUAAUGAAAAGCCUUUAUAGGCCAUCAAUUAGGACUAAAGCAGCUGAUAUCAAUUCGUACUGAUAGGGGGGAGGGUUUCUCUUUCAAUACUGACAGAUUUCAGGUGAUCUCUUGGCUUUCUGUGCCAUUUUGCACCUUGUUCUCUUUAUGUGUUCAAUACUUAUUCCCUGUGUCAUUUCACUUUAUUUAUUAUGACUCAACUUGUAUACUUAAAUGUUCUGAUUUCUUUGUAUGAAUUCCAUAUUUGGCUUGAUGGCUACAUCUGGUGGAAAUUUUGUGUCAAUAGCCCACUUAGAAAUCCCCUUACUGAUAAAAAUGCUGAUGUAUUAAAUACUUAUUUUCCCUGUUGUACAUUGCUCAUCUCCAGACCAACUGGAUGCUCUACAAUACAAAUUUAACUGGGAACAGAUGGAGAAAGAGUUGUUUUAUGAUUCUUGGAAACAGUUCCUUUGAGGCAUGACAGUUUGUUCACAACCAUUUUGGGAAGCUAUUUUUUAUUUCCAUGAAAGUAUUGCUUUUAUCUGCUCUGCCAACGCACAUGAAUGUUCCAGAAUUAAAGCCAGCGCAGCCAACAAAAUUGUAACUGGAAGACUUCCAUGUGUGUUUUUUCUAAAGAAAUGUUACUACUGUUUGUAUUUACAUGUACUUCGCUUUUUUGGUACAGAUCUGUAUAUCUUAUUUCAGUUCAAUAAAGUUUGUCCACCUAUC